AUGGCCAGCGAGGCCAUCGUCUCCGGUGUCGUCGCCGACAUGGUCGGCAGGCUGAUGUCCCUCGUCGCCGGACAGCUGCGGGACCGGAGGGGCGUCGAGGAGAAGCUGCGGAGGGUGCGGCGCCUGCUCGUCAGGAUCGAGAGCGCGGUGGAGGCCGCCGAGGCGAGGCGGAUCACCGGCCGCGCGCUCCUCGCGUGGCUGUCCGAGCUCGUCGACGGCGCGCACCAGGGCCGCUACUUCCUCGACGCGUUCCCCGUGACGGAUCAUGAGGUCGACGGCGGAAGUGGCGAGGUGGCGCUGGCGAAUCCGCUCAACCCCGCCAAGCGGCUGCGCGUUGCGGCGAGGAGGCUGGUGUUCCGGGACGGCGGAGGUGGUGGUGGAGCGGCUGCGGAGCUGGACGGCGUCCUUGCCGACCUAGAGAGUGUCUCCGGUGAUCUCACGGGGUUUAUUACGAUGCUGCAGAGCUGCCCGCCGGCGCUGCACCGGCCGCUGGUCACGAACAUCUACGCGGACAGCCAAAUGUUUGGCCGGCAAGUCGAGAGGCGCCGCGUCUUCGACUUCUUGCUGCAAGACGGCGACGAUGUCGGCGGCGAGCCGGCGGAGGCAGAGCUCGGCGUACUCUCGAUAAUCGGCCGCAUGGGCCUCGGGAAGACGACGCUGGUGCAGAACGUCUGCAACGACCCCGAAGUGCGACGCCGCUUCCAGCUGAUCAUCGAGCUGGACUUCCAUUGCUUGAGCCUCAUGGCGGCCGGCGAGACGGCGCUGCUCCUGCGCUCUAUGUUCAUUGCCACCGGCACGGGAAGCGCCACCAGCCCUUCCGGCGACGGCGGCGAAACGCUGAGCCUUCUCGAGCGGAAGCUGCGGGGGGUGCGGUUUCUCGCCGUGUUCGACAACGUCGACGCGCGCAGGAGGCGGGUGAUCGACGCGAUCAUGCCGGCGCUGCGGCGCGGCCGGCGCGGGAGCAAGGUCAUCGUGACGAGCAGGGACGCCCAGCACGUCGCGGGCCUCGCCACCACGGAGCCCAUCGCACUGCGGCCCCCGCCGCUGCCGGAGUACUGGUUCUUCUUCAAGGCGCACGCCUUCGCCGGCGCGGACGCCGAGGCGGACCCGCGGCUGGUGGCGGUGGGGCAGGCCAUCGCCAAGAGGCUCCGCCUGGCCGCCUCCUUCUUCGGCGGGAAGAUGCUGGCCGCGCUGCUGAGGUCGCGCCCGGACCCGCGGUUCUGGCGCACGGUGCUGAGCAGCGGCGCCGCCGACCUGCCGUGCCUCGGCUUCGACGACGCCGUCGCCGGCAGCCUGUUCCCGCCGCACGUCACCUUCCGCAGCGUCACCAUGUCCCGCUCGCCGGACAGAGGGCUCGUCAGCCUCCAAGACUCGUCCUUGACGGCUCCUCCCAUGGAUUCCGGCCACCACCGCCGCUCGCCGGAGUUGCCCGUGCUGCUGUGCAAGUCAGUCUUCCCUUCCUACUGCCUCUACUACACUGCUCAUUGCACCAUCAAUGACACGGUCACACAGACAGCAAAUUGCGUUCUAAACCAAUAGUUAUUCACCAGAUUAUUGCCACGGAUUAUCUAAUCUGCCUGCUCAUAGUAAUAUGUUAGAAAUUGUAUAUU